AUGUAUUCCAUUCAGAACAACGAACUGACGAGCAUGCGCUGGACAGAUGUCAUCAACCGUAUCAACUGGGAUUCCAAGUUCAGCCGAGACAACUACAUCAUUGGAUUUGUGGACCGAUUUGAAGGGCAAUUGGAAGUCAGCAUGAACGCCUGGAAGAAGGAGACCACCGAUGAAGAGUUCAUUCCCCAACAUCGGGUCUUGUACAUUCGACAUGUGGAUGGGGAGAUUGUUUGGGAUCGUCGGCGUCGCAUUGACAAGAUUUUCUACAGCGGCAAUUCAGCGUUUAGUGAAUUGGCGUUCUUGCAUUGA